AUGGCCAGAACUUUGAAUGCAAAUUUGAUACUCGAAGCGCAAGAGGUUGUUGGCCUGGAAGAACUACGAGACGUGCUCGGAUUUGCACCACUUGGACCUUGGACUAAAUAUAGAGAGCCGAGCGAAGAAGAAAUUGAAGCCGCUUCCACCAUCGAGGAGUACUAUACACUGAGAGAGCCACGAACCAAUAUUCGCAGUCUGGACAGCCAAUUAUUUUAUGAGAAAAGCUUCCCUCCCGUCAUGGCGUUCCUGGACAAGCGGAUUCCAUCCAUUCGGACCACUUAUCGACUCAAAUUUGCAGAGAUUCGUAGUAGUCCUGAUGCAAAGGGACCAAUAGAUAUAAAAAUAGUUGAUAAAAUGAUUGAUGAAUAUAUCACCAUUUCCCUCCGCAUAAGAGAUAUAAUUUCUCUCUGGGAGCUUUGCAAGCUGCUGAGACUGUUUCACGAUUUUCCUGAUUUUAUAGCAUUUAUAAAUUUGCUAAAUUUGUUGUUUAUAAACUCGAAUGUUUAUCUGUGUAGCUUGAAUAUGACUUUGAUGGCCCAUGUUCGUGGAUCAAUCUGA